AUGAAAAAGUCAAAAGCCGAGAACAAGCAUCAACAAACAGGAUACACCAACCACCCGUCACAUGUUGAUAUGGUCUUGGAAGUAAGCACCAGGCACACCACUCCACUGCAGGGCGUUCGUUCUCCUCUCCCACUCCCACUCCCAAUCCCCCCCCCCCCCCUUUGGCGUGUAUGGAUGCAUGCAUGCUCUCUUCGCUUCGCUCGCAUGCAAAAUCCCCACACGGGAGCGCCGAACCAUUGGGGCCACUUUGCGAUAGACAAGAGUCCCCCGGUCAAUAAUCCUCUGUCUAUGAUACAGAACCAGCAAUAA